AUCUUGUUCCCGGAGUGCUGUUCCCAUGUACCCUUGCCUUUCUUAAGACCUAAAAGAGGGGAUGGCUCUACGCUGCUGGGAUGCAGCUCGCAGCCUUGGGUCCCGGGUAUUUGGAAGAUAUACGUGCUCGGUUAGAGCAUUAAGUUCUUUGUCAGAUAAGAAAAAGGAAUUUUUACAUAAUGGACCAGACCUUCAAGAUUUUGUGUCUGGCGAUCUUGCAGACAAGAGUACCUGGGAUGAAUAUAAAGGAAACUUAAAGCGCCAGAAAGGAGAAAGGUUAAGAUUACCUCCCUGGUUGAAGACAAAGAUACCCAUGGGUAAAAAUUACAAUAAACUGAAAAAUACAUUGCGGAAUUUAAAUCUCCACACAGUAUGUGAGGAAGCCCGAUGUCCCAACAUUGGAGAGUGUUGGGGAGGUGGGGAAUAUGCCACAGCCACAGCCACCAUCAUGUUGAUGGGGGACACAUGCACAAGAGGUUGCAGAUUUUGUUCUGUUAAGACUGCAAGAAACCCCCCUCCACUGGACGCCAGUGAGCCCGACAAUACGGCCAAAGCCAUCGCAGAGUGGGGUCUGGAUUACGUUGUCCUGACAUCGGUGGAUCGAGAUGAUGUGCUUGAUGGGGGAGCUUCGCACAUCGCCAAGACCGUGUCGUGCUUGAAGGAAAGGAAUCCAAAGAUCCUCGUGGAAUGCCUCACCCCAGACUUCCGAGGAGAUCUGAGAGCGGUAGAGAAGGUGGCUCUGUCUGGAUUAGAUGUGUAUGCACACAACGUGGAGACUGUUCCAGAAUUACAGAGGAAAGUUCGUGAUCCCCGGGCCAAUUUUGACCAGUCUCUUCGUGUAUUGAAACACGCCAAGGAGGUCCAGCCCGAUGUUGUUUCCAAAACAUCAAUAAUGCUGGGCCUCGGUGAGACGGAUGAGCAAGUCUAUGCCACGAUGAAAGCUCUCCGUGCAGCCGAUGUGGACUGUUUAACUCUAGGGCAGUAUAUGCAGCCAACAAAGCGCCACCUUAAGGUUGAAGAAUAUGUUACUCCUGAGAAGUUCAAAUACUGGGAAAAAGUAGGAAAUGAACUUGGAUUUCACUAUACAGCAAGUGGCCCUCUGGUGCGAUCUUCAUAUAAAGCAGGUGAAUUUUUCCUGAAAAAUCUAGUGGCUAAAAGAAAAACAAAAGCUUCUAAAAUUUAGCCAAGACCUUCAAGAUCACAGGAGUGUUAAGAUUUUGCUUCCAGUUGGUGUGAGGGCGGUGCCAUCUUGUCAGGAUUCCUGUGCAUGCAAACCAGCACCAUUCGGAAAUGUCUGAUGUCUGAUCCAGGCAUGAUAAUGGUAUAUACCUGUAAUUCCACCCAGGCCAUCCUGCCUUCUGAGUAAGACCCAGUCUCAAAAAAAAAAAAAGGAAAGAAAAAGAGAAAGAAAAAGAGAAGGAAGGAAGAAGCCCGUAACCCUGUAAGCGGCACAUUUAGUAGUAAUUCAUUUGACUCCUUGCCGACCUAUUUUGUCCCCAUCUUUGUCAGUGAUGAUAUGAUCGUCUCUGAACGGUUUGCUGUUGCCAUUGUAAUUUAAAAGUGUCUGUUCUAGCAUGUAGAAGAUCUUAAAACCACAAUAACCCAUAUGACAUUUCUUUUCUUAAAAAGAUUUAUUUAUGUGUGUGUGUGUGUAUGUGUGUAUGUGUGUAUGUGUGUGUGUGUAUGUGUGUAUGUGUGUGUAUGUGUGUGUAUGUGUGUGUGUGUGUGUAUGUGUGUGUGUGUGUGUGUGUGUAGUUAGAGGAACAUACAUACGGAUUCCAUGACACAUAAUAAAUAAUCUUUUAAAAACCCUCCAUAGAUAAGUCAGCACCCCAGUGUGGAGCUAGGAAGGGCUCGACAGCUCCCGGUCAUGUCAGUGCUGAGGAGGGAGUCGGUGUUCUUUAAGGGUGUGGCCUCUGUGUUGACCCAUGCUCUAGAGCAGUGGUUUUCACCCUUCUUAACGCUGAGACCCUUUAAUACAGAUCCUCAAGUGGUGCCGACCCCCAACCAGGAAAAGUUUUUUUUGUUGCUACUUAUAACUGUAAUUGUGCUGCUGUUCAUGAGUUGUAAUGUAAAUAUGUGAUAUGCAGGAUAAGCGGCCCCAGGGGUCACGGCCCACAGGUUGAGGAGCAGUGCCCCAGUGGCUGGCUCAGCACCCAUGAGGAGAAGCCUAAAUGCUAGGCUGCUUCCCACUCUCUGGAGUCUAGGGAUAGAGAUGAUUAGAGAGUUGUUGAGCUAGACCCAUAGCUGAUUCCGGCCAGUGCUCCCCUCGCUCUCCCUUUGGGGUAGAGCCUCUGUGGUCCUGAUGGGAACUUCCUCCUGCAGGGACAUCAACCAGCAUUCCAGGAAUCCCAUUCCCAUGCACUCAGUGCUGUCCACAACUGUCCCAAAGCCUCCGGGCCGGCACGGGCUCCUUCCUACUCUGUUUUAUUGGAUUACACAGCCCUUACUGGUACCUCAUGCUGUCCUCAAUUAUGAUGGGUUCCUUACAAAGAGCAGAACAUACAUGUGUGCACAGGGUAAAACAUGAUGGUAUACACUUGCACCUCAGCAGUUGCAUGGAAGAUUGCUGUGAGUUGAAGGCCAGUCUGGGUCAAAGCCCUUUAUUAUCUGUCCUUCCAAACUGGAUGUGGACUUUUUGUUGUUGAGACAGGGUCUCAUGCAGCCCAGGCUAGCCUCCGACCAGCUGUGUAGUAAAAGAUGACUCUGGAUGUCCUAGCUCUGUCCCUGAGUGCUGUGAUUAUAGGCCUGCAACACUUGCAGGCCAGGCAUACACUCGUAAACUCAGCCCUUAGGAGGCAGAAGGAGAAGAAUACACAGUUUGAGGCCCGUCUAGAUUGCAGCAAAGCCACCCAAAGUCACCUUCCUUACCUGCUGCAAGCAAAAUUCUAUCCCUCAUGAUCCUCUUCAGCUCCAGACCAAAAACCAGCCUUUAUUUUCCUGUCUGUGUCUCACUGUGUAGCAAAGGUUAUCCCGGAACUCACGUCUGUAGUCUAGGCUGUCCUGGGACUCGUGGCAUCUGCCUGCUCUGUCUCCCAAGUGCCCACUGUACAGGGAGGAGCCACUCCACUCGGCCUCACGCCUCUUUUUGUUGUUGUUAAAUUUUAAAAUAAGAUCUACUUUGUAAAACUACUUGUAUGUGUGUUAUCUUCCAUAAUUAGUGGUGUCUGUGUGUGAGUACCCGUGUAGGCCAGAGUACUGGAGCCAACCGAGCUGCAGCCCUGGCCCCAUAGCCUUUUUGUUGAUUUAUUUUAAAAUCUUACAUGACAUUAUCCAUGUUACAUGCUUUACGAUAUAGCCACAUAAAAUCUCCUUUGUAAGACACAAAAUAAACAAAGACAGGAUUCUGAGUCAAA